AUGCCUACCACCAGCUCUAAAACCAACUUUUCUACUUCUCAAAAGAGCCAUCACCACGGCAACGCAGACGACCGCUCCCAAGCACCUCUCGAUUGGCCGAAUAUUGACUAUCUCUUUUCCUUCGGAGACUCGUACACGACGACCGGGUACAACGUGACUCUAGGGAUCAAUUCAGUCGAUCCCGGUUUCACUUCGGCCAAUGGUCCCAACUGGAUUCAAAAUCUUCGAACAACGUAUUCGGUCAAUCCGAAUCUCAAAGGUUACAACCUAGCCUACGGCGGUGCGACGGUAGACGCCAAAUUUGUCACCCCAUAUCUUCCGACUGUGCUCUCGCUCAAGGACCAGGUUGACCUAUUCAAACAGUACUUUGCGCAACCUCCUGCCGAGGCCCCUUGGACGCCCGACAACACGUUGUUUGCGAUCUGGAUCGGGAUCAACGAUGUUGGCAACUCGUACGCCUGGACCAAUGUUUCGCUUGCCGAUUUCUACAAGACUGAGCAUGAGGAAAUCGUCGAUCUCUUCACCGACUUGGCACCCUGUUUCAACACCUCUCGACCGAACUUUCUCGUCCUGACUGUGCCUCCAAUUUCGAGAGCACCGUUAUUUGAGGGUCAGGGAAGCGAGGUCUCGAAGCAGGUCGCCGAUGCUGCCAAAUUGUUCAAUGAUGGGUUGAAGGAGACUGUGAUGCCCUCCUUACUCAGUCUCGGAGGUUAUGCUAGACUCUUCGAUACGGCCCCGGUGUUCAACAAUCUCCUCGAUAACGCCGACGUCUUUGGCUUCAUCAACGUGACCGGGUACAACGACGACUAUGCGAACGGGACUCCGUCCCCCAACUCGCAGAUCGGCAACAAUCCACCGGUGUCGAGCUACUUUUGGCUCAAUAGUUUGCAUCCUACGUGGCCAGUUCACAACGUGCUGGCACAUUCGAUCGCGACGUUUCUUGUCGGCGCUUGA